CUCAGAUACUGGCAUCGGAGAGUAGUCAGAAUAUACCGACUGUAACAGUAAACGGCAGAACAUUCAGACAAAGUUCUGUAGACGAAUUACCGAUAGUUCUAUAUAUAAAAAAGUGUUUGCUAUACAACGCGUUAUAAAUGUAAUCGCAGGAUAAGAUUUGUAUAUAUUUGUUUAAUGCGGGAUUAUUAUUAACUCUGUUGGAAAUUCACAGUACAAAACACACAGAAGCUGCGGUGCACUGCUCAAUCAGGCGUUUUUUGACUUAGAUUCACGGCGCGUACUGUCGAAAUGUGAUAUAUUAGCUUAAAUAGCGGGGCACUAUUACUGAUGUAAGUCCUGGAUGAGAUAGAUAACUGGAUUAAGAUUAACUGGUGAUAAACUGGCGUCGGGAUUUAUUAAUGCAUGUAACAUGAUUUGAAAACCGACUAAAUGUGUUUACUUUAUAUUACAAUAAAAAUGUGGUGUUUAAUAUAGGCAUUCCAUCGUGCUAAAUAAACGGUGUUUCACCUAUAGAAAAAUUCAAAUGUAAGUCUCAGCAUGGAGUUUUAGCAGAAAGUUAAAUAGAUGUGUAUUUGUGAGUUUCAGCACUAAGUUUUAACAUAUAUGUGUCAAAUGACACAUAGUGCUAAUUGCGCUAACUCUUGUUUACGCUGUAUAUGAAAAUGUGAUCGCUAGAUUGUGUUAAAGAAAUAUCACAAAUGCAAGUUACCAGUCUAGGUGGAUAUUGAAGUUUGAUUUUUUUUCCUUUUCAGAUAAUCUGCUAUAUGGAUAUACUUGUUGGGCAUUUUAAAAAUAAGAGUCGGAUUUGAUAAGGUGAUCGAAGAAACGAAAAAAAUGAAAUUGCUACCAGACUUUUAGAUUGUGUAUAAUGUUCGUUUCAUUUGGUGGAGAAUAAAUGAAAUUCUCGAGAAAUCAGUUUUUCAUUAGGUAUGAAACGUAGAAGUGGAUUAUAAAAAAGUGGAUUACUACAAAGUGGAUUAAAGCAGACAUGAUGAUUAAGUGGUUGAAAUUCUUACGAACAGUUUCUUCAGGACGAAUUCUCGUCAUUUCACUUUUAUUCAUGCUUUUUUCUGACGAAGCCACCGGACGUAGAAACAGAGAGUUCAAAUAUUCUACACCUGCACCUAAAUUUCUACAGACCGAAUCAAAUUACACAUACCACAAGGGAGAGAGAGCUAUUCUCUAUUGCUCCGUCAAACAUUUGGGUACUAAAACGAUAAGCUGGCGAAGAGCGAACGAAAGUCUUUUUCUAACAAGCGGAACAGUAAUCAUCACGGGUGACACAAGAUUUGAAGUUGCUCAUACGGAGGAUUCUACGGAUUGGAAUCUGAUGAUCUCGAACGUGUCUACAGCGGAUAGCGGGGCGUAUGAAUGCCAGAUAAGUUCCACAAACAGAGAUCUUCGAAAAGAAGUGUAUUUAAAUGUCAAAGGGAUAUCACUAACGGGUACAUUACAUGUUGAUCGUGGAAGGACUUUGAAACUUACGUGCAAUGCAUCUGGCGCCAUCACUCCGCCAGAUUAUAUAGACUGGUUUAAAGAUGGAACAAAAAUAAAACCAGGCGGAACAGUGGAGUUACGAAAACGAUUUUUCAUUAACUCAAGAGCUAUAACAAGUGUUUUAACAAAAUCUGACGUGAUUAUGUCAGAUACAGGCACAUAUUCCUGUCGGACGUCAGACCUCCAGGUAACAAGCGUCAGUGUGCAAGUUUUAAAUACAAAUAAAAAGCAAGACAAAAGAGAGCCACAGGGCGACCGUUAUAUACUAGACAGUUCUCAUUCGCAUUCCCAUCACACAUCUUAUUCAUUGUUUAUGACUUUUGUGUCUAUAGUCUGUGUCAAUUUAUUCCGAAGACUUUAUUUCUACAGUGGAAGAUAAGAUGGAUUAGGGGGAAACGCCAGACGACUUUACUGUAAGCAGAUACUUAAAUAUCUGCUUUACCGGUGAUUGGAUGUAGAUGAUAUGUGACAUGCGUGGUCGCUUGGUUAGACUAGGUCUAGUUUCCAAUACAAUAUUCAUAUAUUCAUCAAUAAUUUGUGGAACAGAUGCGAUGUAUGGAUAGAUUAAAUUGCACCUAAAUAUUCUAGAACGUUCCUUUGGAAUGUCUUGAUUCGCGAUGUAAUAGAGACGUAAAAAUAUUAGUUAUUAACCUUUUUGACAUUAUUAAAUAUCAGUUGUACAUUAGGUCUUAAUUGUUUAAUUGUAAGAACGUAUGUGUACAAUGUAAUUUCUUUUGUACAUAAGUAUUUUUCAAGAAUAUUGUGAAAGGUGUAUAUUAUUUGAAGUUCUUUAUUGCUUUGAAUAUUUUGUAAUGACAAAUGAGACAGCUGCCCAAAUACUUUAAUACUACACUAACAGUUGUACAGUCAGAGCCAUAAAGGGAGGUAAUUGAAUAAUGGAUUCAGUAAAACUCAAAUACCGUGUGGAUAUACAAACAUAUAUUAAUGUGAUAGGAUUGAGGAGUAAGCUAAAAGCUUGUAUUAAAACCUCUUUUCUCGAAUCUUUGACAAAUAUAAAGCAAAUAUUUAUCGAACAUAAGAUAAAAAAAAUAAAAGAACUUAUAAUUCUUCAUGUUCAUAUAAAAAAAGUUGCUGCCACGUGAUAAGCAAAGGUAUUAUGAGCCUUCCAAUACGAUAUUUUUGAUGGCUUCGCACAAUACUUUGUUUCGUUAAUUGAUUCAUACAAAUCUACCGCAGUUUCGCAUAGACUGUUCAUUUAAGACUUUAGUUACAUUUUCAUUUAUUUUCUAACUAAUUGAAGCAAGUCACUGAUAUCUUACUUAAAGAUUAUUAGAUAGUGAUAUGUAUGUAAUUAUUACUGUUACAAUGUACAAAUCAAUAUAUAUGAACUACUGUCAUUAUAAUGGCCAGUAUAAUUUGAUAGCAGUAAUCAAGCCUCUUUCUGUAGUCGACAACGAGGGACAUGUCAUUUGUGGUAAAGGGUAAUGCAUACGGCAAUAGAAAUGAAAAAUAUACACGCAUGUGUUACGAAACUGUGCUACAAAUGAAGCGUUAAUAAGCACCAUGUCGUUGCAGCUAUUCUUAAAUAGAAAUCCGUAUAUGACAAUGACAUCAUCAAAAGGAAAACUUUAGCCGUGCCAUGAGUAAACCAACAUAGUGGGUUUGCGACUAGCAUGGAUCCAGACCAGCCUGCGCAUCCGCGCAGUCUGGUCAGAAUCCAUGCUGUUCGCUAACAGUUUCUCUAAUUACAAUAGGCUUAAAAGCGAACAGCAUGGAUCCUUGCCAGACUGCGCGGAUGCGCAGGCUGGUCUGGAUCCAUGCUGGUCGCAAACCCAAUAUGCUGGUUUUCUCAUGGCGCGGCUCAAAUGUAUCAGUAUUUAUAGAUUAUUAGCUUUGCAUCGAUAAAUGUACACGAGCUCUGUAGAGGAAAUAACGCGAGACUUUAGCAGCGCAAUUUUAUAAAUCAUUGAUGUUAUUUAUAUGUUAUUAUGAGGUUGUUAAAUAACCGCAAUAAAAUUGACAAUACUUAAGUAAAUAAAAUUAACGUAACGACACACGUUGAAAUGACGGCACACACAAGACAUGAAAAUCAGAAAUAAAUAUUGAUAGGUGUUUACGUAUCAAGUUCCGCUUUAGCUUUACGAUGGAUAGAAACAAGUAUGUAAUUAGACCUAUCAUCUCUUCAAGUGCCAUGGCGAAAAUUAAAGGGUAAAUAUUGUAGCUGGUUGUUGUUUACAUCAUUUAGCAGGGCUCUGACUGGUAACCUGCAACGUAUGUUUUAAAAUAAGAAGAAAAUAAGUUGUGCAUAAAAUAUUCCAGUAAAUAGUUUUGUAACGAAACAUUGCAGUAGGAGCUGACAUUACUUAAAAGAACAUAGAUUUGGCGCAAAGGUUUUCGUUUCUUUCAAUAGGCACCAGUUCCUUUAUUAUGGCUUCGAUGUUUUCUAUUUGCAUUUCUGUAGAUGCUGAAUAAUAAAAUGAUGCGUUAAUUUGUUUAUGUACGGGUAUAUUUAUGUGUCAUAUGUAGUAAUGAUUAUGCUCAAUUUAGUAUUAAUGAGGUUGACACAUUAGUCAAUGGCCUACAUUUUUUAACAUUGGUUUCCUUCAUUUUAGUCAAUAGUUUUAACUAUGUUACAUUCUUACCUUACUGAAAUAAAUGGUAGUUUUGUAUUAGAUUGUCAAGUAAACAUAUUUUUAUGCCCCACUUCGAAGAACGAGGGGUAUAUUGUUUUGCAGAUGUCGGUCGGUCGGUCGGUCGGAAUGUAGACCAAUCCGUUUCCGGAUGAUAACUCCAGAACGCUUGGGCCUAGGAUCAUGAAAGUUGAUAAGGAGGUUGAUCAUCAACAGCAGAUGACCUCUAUUGAUUUUGAGGUCUGUAUGUCAAAGGUCAAGGUCACAAUGACCCUGAAUAGUAAAACGGUUUCCGGAUGAUAACUCAAGAACACUUGGGCCUAGGAUCAUGAAAGUUAAUAGGAAGGUUGGUAAUGACCAGCAGAUGACUUCUUUUGAUUUUGAGGUCAGUAUUUUAAAGGUCAAGGUCACAGUGACCCUGAACAGUAAAACGGUUUCCGGAUGAUUACUCAAGAACGCUUAGGCCUAGGGUCACGAAAGUUGAUAGGGAGGUUGGUCAUGACCAGCAGAUAACCUCUAUUGAUUUUGAGGUCAUUAUGUCAAAGGUCAAGGUCACAGUGAUCAGAAACUGUACAAUGGUUUCCAGGCAAUAACUCUAGAACGCUUGGGCUUAGUGUCAGGAAAAUUAAUAGUUAGGUUGGCUAUGACCAGCAGAUGACCCCUAUUGAUUUUGAGAUCAUUAGGUCAAAGGUCAAGGUCACAUUGGCCAAGAACAGUUAAAACGGUUUCUGAUCUUCUUGUCCAAAACAAUAGGGCCUAGGGCUUUGAUAUUUUGUAUGUAGCAAAAUCUAAUGGUCCUCUACUAAGAUUGUUCAGAUUAUUUCCCUAGGGUCAAAUAUGGCCCCACCCUGGGGGUCACAUGGUUUAUAUAGACUUAUAUAGGAAAAAACUUUGAAAAACCUCUUGUCCAAAACCACAGGGCCUAGGGCUUUGAUAUUUUGUAUAUGACAUCAUCUAGUGGUCCUCUACUAAGAUUGUUCAAAUUAUUCACCUAGGGUCAAAUAUGGCUCCGCCCUGGGGGUCACAUGGUUUACAUAGACUCAUAUAGGGAAAAACUUUGAAAAUCUUCUUGUCCAAACCACAAAGACUAUGUCUUUGCUAUUUUGUAAUGUAGCAUCAUUUAGUGGUUCUCUACCAAGUUUGUUCAAAUUAUCUCUCUAGGGUCAAAUAUGGCCCCGCCCCAGGGGUCAUAUGGUUCAUAUAGACUUAUAUAGGGAAAAACUUACAACCUUCAUGUCCAUAACUUACAUCAUUCAAAUUUGGACCACAUGUAUAGUUUUGUGUGGCAAGAUGAACCUUGACAUGACUGACCUUGAUCUUGACUUAGUGACCUACUUUCACAUUUCUGUAGCUACAGCCUUCAAAUUUGGACCACAUGCAUAGGUUUGUGUACCAAAAAAAACUUUGACCUUGUUAUUGACCUAGUGACCUUCUUUCACAUUUUUGAAGGUACAGUCUUCAAAUUUUGACCACAUGCAUAGUUUUUUGUUCCAAAAUAAAAUUUGACCUUGAUUUUGACCUAGUGACCUACUUUCACAUUUCUCAAGCUACAGCCUUCAAAUUUGAACCACAUGCAUAGUUUUGUGUACCGAAAAGAACUUUGAUCUUGAGAUUGACAUAGUGACUUACUUUCACAUUUCUGAAGCUACAGGCUUCAAAUUUGGACCGCAUACAUAUUUUUGUGUUCUGAAUUGAAAUUUGACAUUGAUUUUUACCUAUUACCUACUUUCACGUUUCUCAAGCUACAGCCUUCAAAAUUGAAGCACAUGCAUAGUUCUGUCUACCGAAAUGAACUUUGACCUUGAAAUUGAUCUAGCAACCUGCUUUCACAUUUCUCAACCCAUAGCUUUCAAAUUUGGACCACAUACACAUUGUUUUGUACCGAAAUGAAAUUUGACAUUGAUUUUGACCUUGAGCUAGUCUUGAAAUUUGGAACAUUCAAAAAUGGCUCAGUGGAUGGCACCAAGAUCACUCUGUAAUCUCUUGUUAAGUUAAUAGGUUAAAGGUCAAGGUCAGAUUAAACCAGAAUGGUAGAACUUUUGUUUACAGUGAGCAUAUAAUUUCUGUUCCUUGUGCAAUUACUGAAUGCAUCAAGAGGGGCAUUUCGUGUUCGACGAGCUCUUGUCUCCUUUAUUUUUUGUUUUGAUACAUCAAUAAGUGCAGAAAUAGCUUAUUGUGCUAAAGGUCAAUCUGUUAAAGUCACAUUUUAGUAAACAAAGUCGAUAAAGGACUGUAAUUAUUCCAUGAGAAAUAUUAUUGUUUAAACAAGAAAUACAUCAACAUCAUGGACAUUCUGUAUUAUUUGUAUUUCCUUUUGCUGUUGACUUUUGACAUGGAUAACGUGAAAAUAAUUAUUCUAACACGACCCGAUUCCUUUUCCUAUUAAACAAAGAAGGCUGAAAACAGUGAAUUAUUAUUCAACAAUUCACUGUUCUGACGUCACAAUUACUACGUCAUAGCGUCAAUCGGCAUAGCGGCGCGCUGGAAAAGAAACCGAUUGAAAACGCAAAUAUUUAAUGAAUGCCGUUAAGGAUGUACUUUAAAGUCCUUGGUAAAGUGUUAGAAUCGAAAUAAUAUAUCUCAUUUAGUGAUUUGUUCUUGAAUAAAAUAAUUGUCGUUCAGAUGCGUAUUAUUAUAUCACUCGGGCUGCGCCCUCGUGAUACAAUUCCUUCGCAUCUGAUCUCCAAACAAUGAUUUAUUCAGCGACAAAUCAUUAAAUGAGAUAUAUUAUUUCUUAAAUAACCCAUAGGGUGUUUAAAAUACAAUGUCAUUGUGAGCAGAAAAGUAUCACACCUGAUGCGCAAUGUUCAUGUUUCUGUGCAAAACAUAUAGCUGUUUACGGUUUGUCUAACGAAGCGCGUCGAGCAUCAGUUUACAAAGGUUCAAGAAAGUUAUGUUGGACUUCAACGGUUAUUUACACAGUGCACUGAGAUAUUAAGAGUUUUUACGAUUAUGGACAUUUUAACAGUUUAUUACUAAUCACCUCCCAUUGAAAUCAUAAGAAAUGCUUUCAGUCGGAAAUGGUACAGUGAAAAUUGCCACAGCAACAAUAAUUGUUUGUUACAGGGACACACACAACUGGUUUGAAAGCAUUGUUAUCAAUAGUUCUAAGGAAACGUUAUUGUAUUCAAUAUUUCAAGAUAUUACAAUAAUUAUGUUACUAUCAUGCUAAAUAUUUUUUUCUUUACCUUCUUUUCUAAAUAUAGACCUAGUGACUAUAAGACUGUCGGGUAUUGCCUGUUCCAUGAGAAAAUGUGUAUUUAUGACAUUUUGUAACUAUUGCGUUACUGUAACAAUAGAAAUAGCUAUUUUAUGUGUAAAUUCAGAAUAUAGAAACUACAAUAUUGUACAUUAUUUAUCAAACACAAAAUAAAUACUACGACAAUUUGCAAAUAAAUAUUAUUUAAUAUGUUGUCAUGAAAAUCGAAAUACAUAUAUCAUAACGCCAUGAGAAGAUAGAGGUUUAUAGCUAAACGCUCUUGAAUAAGUCAAAAUAUACACAGAUUGUAUGAUUUCAAGUAAGUUGAAUACAUAACUUUUCAAACAUACAUGCCAUGCACAGCGUUUGGUGACUUACCAAAACCAUUAUAACUCUUGAAAUAGAAAAAAGUAACUCAGUUCUCAAAAUUUCAGAUUUGAAAUAAAAUCUAUAAGAAGACAAAAAUGAAUGUUUUUCAUGAACAUACUAUUUUCUAAACUGUCACUAAUACAGGUUUUGUCAUGGCACGGCCCAUAUAUUUCUACCGUCGAUACAAAUAACGUAUUGAACAAUACAAAUCACCAUGUUGACUAAACAGUAAAAGCCAUUGAUCGAUUUAAAAUAUCCGACAUUUAGACGCUUUGCGUGAAGUUUUUGUAUAUCUAUAACAGAUGGAAUAGUGUUUUUUUUGUAAUUGUUGUCUUUUUUUUUACUAAGGAUAAAAAAAGAGUUUUUAAUAUUGCCUUUAUUUUGAUUUCUUUCAAUCCGAUCGCCCGAUCGGCUCGUCAGUUUUUAUUUUCAAAUAGGUGUCGCCGAAUUGUACUAUGUAGCUAUGUUAGGUAAUCUAGUAUUAUAACAUUAUCAUUAAAACGAGACCAGUCUUAAUUGCAUUUCAUUGAACAAUACAAUAAAAUACAUUUUUUCUACCCUGUGUUUCAUGUAAAUUACAAUUCUUUAGAUGUACAUUAGCUGAAUAGAUAUCUUUUAAGAAUUUGAUAGGGUUAAUUCUUAUGAUUUUGAUAUUAUUCAUGAUAUUAUGUCAUUUCAUAUCAUUUUCCCAUUGGUCAGAUUUGUGUAAUUUUGUAUAGUUUAUCAGUACUUAAUGCAUUUGUACACUCACUGAAUUCCACUUAGAUUUUCAUUAAUUGUACUUGUUAUAAGACUAAUGUUACAUAAAAUGUUCUCACUGAAAA